GUACGACGGUUUCUUUCAAUUUUUCCAUUUCCUUUCUCUCAUUCUGAAUCUGAGAGAGUAAUCCACAAAGCCACAAAUUUAUACUUCAUUACAGUGGAUCAUUGCUUUCAAACCUAUACUGUCAGCCUUGUGUAAUCGCCUUUUUCUGUGUCUUAAUCGGUCAAAAGCUUGUGAUAUCCAGAGCUCGCUUGAUUGCUGAAACAUUUUCUUUAAUAUAUUUGUUCUGGGCAGCCCUUCUUACUUUAGAGGAAGGGCUUCUAGUUUGGCUGCUUCUGGAGUCUUGGAAUUGCUGCUGUUGUUUUGGAAUCAUUUCGGUAAAAAUCAAAGACAUGUAAAGUUACAGAUAGUUUGUUAAGUAUUUGAGUCGUCCAUAUCUAUAUGAUUUCUUUUCAUAAACCCAAAAGAGAAUGAAGAGAAUGAAGAGAACAAACAUUCCAAAGCGCUACGUGAUUGUCAUUUUGACCUUCAUCUGUACUUCUGUCUGCUACAUAGAACGUGUGGGUUUUUCCAUUGCAUAUACUGCUGCUGCUGAUGCCUCAGGAGUAAAUCAAUCGAGCAAGGGCAUGAUACUUUCGACAUUCUAUUAUGGGUAUGUGUGUUCACAAGUUCCGGGUGGUUGGGCGGCCCAGAAAAUUGGGGGAAGGCGUAUUCUCUUACUUUCAUUUGUUUUAUGGUCUAUAACUUGUGCUUUUAUGCCACUUGAUCUGAACCGAGUUACGAUAUUGGUCAUAUCCCGCUUGCUUGUCGGAGUUGCCCAAGGCUUCAUCUUUCCCUCCAUUCACACUAUACUGGCACAAUGGGUACCACCACAUGAAAGAUCAAGAUCCGUUUCUCUGACAACUUCGGGGAUGUAUUUUGGUGCAGCCGCAGGAAUGCUUGUGCUUCCUAGCCUGGUCAAGUUUCGAGGUCCGCAAUCGGUAUUUCUUGCUGAAGCUGCUUUAGGUUCCAUUUGGUCUCUACUUUGGUUUAAGUAUGCCGUUGACCCACCUCGUUCUGAGCAUCCAAAAGCCACUGCUGCUGGAUUUGGAGAAUUAUUGCUGCCAAUUAAAGGGAACCAAAAGACGAAAGUUGAGAAUGGAGGACAUUCCAACAGAACCCCAAAAAUUCCAUGGAAGAAAAUUAUUUUCAGUUUGCCAGUUUGGGCAAUUGUGGUGAAUAAUUUCACUUUCCAUUAUGCUCUUUACGUUCUCAUGAACUGGCUCCCAACAUACUUUGAAUUGGGCCUUCAGCUUAGUCUUGAAAACAUGGGAUCUUCUAAGAUGAUGCCUUAUUUCAACAUGUUUCUGUUCUCAAAUAUCGGUGGGGUGAUUGCUGAUCACUUGAUUACCAGGAAAGUCUUGUCUGUGACUAGAACAAGAAAGCUUUUAAAUACCAUAGGAUUUGUGGUGGCUUCUUUUGCAUUAAUGGCUCUUCCCAGGUUCAGAACACCUGAUGGAGUUGUGUUUUGUUCUUCUGUGGCUCUUGGUUUCUUGGCACUGGGGAGAGCUGGAUUUGCAGUAAAUCACAUGGAUAUUGCUCCAAGGUAUGCUGGAAUUGUAAUGGGGGUUUCUAACACAGCUGGUACUUUAGCUGGCAUAGUUGGGGUUGAUCUUACUGGUCGACUUCUUGAAGCCGCUAAAUCUGCUCAGUUGGAUCUCACUAGUCCAGAUAGCUGGAGAGCAGUUUUUCUCAUCCCAGGGUCACUUUGUAUCUUGAGUUCAAUUUUGUUUCUUCUAUUCUCCACUGGGGAGAGAAUUUUUGACUGACUCGGGUUGUCUUACCUGCAAAUCAUGCCUUAUUUAUGUUGCUCUUCAGUAGAAAACAAGUUAUACUUGCACGUAGAGGUAUUGCUCUCUUUGUCAUCAGCUUCUUCUGAUAUAUUCGAAACAUAUUCUAAGCAUUCCUUCUGAUGCAUUCAAUAUAUUGGAAAUCCAAGUUUUUGUGUAA